GCAUGCUUUGUAGCAGCCUCGAUAGCGACUCUACUGCUUUGUACUGUUGCGGAGCGACAGGGGCGGCGAAGAAGGAAGCGUGUUCAUGGUGCCAGGCCAGGGAACCUACGCCGGUCCGACGGCCUACGUGGCCCCCUGGUCCUAUUCCGACAACUCGAUGGCCGCCAUACAACAUUAUCCCGUUCUCCCCGUGAGCGGCGUCGCCGGGCUCUCCGCCGACCUCCCACCCCACCUCCUCGGCGAGGUGGGGUUCGCCGCUUUUCAGCGUUUCCUCCCCCGCAACGACGGCUCUUCCUCCUCCGCGGCGGACCCCACGGCGGCCGACGCGUACGCCUGCGACGAGUUCCGCAUGUACGAGUUCAAGGUGCGGCGGUGCCCUCGCGGGCGGUCGCACGACUGGACCGAGUGCCCCUACGCCCACCCGGGCGAGAAGGCGAGGCGCCGCGACCCCCGUCGGUUCCACUACUCUGGUUCCCUGUGUCCGGACUUCCGCCGCGGCGGGGGGUGCCGCCGCGGCGAGUCCUGCGAUCUCGCCCACGGCGUGUUCGAGACCUGGCUCCACCCGGCGCGCUACCGGACGCAGCCCUGCAAGGACGGCGCCGCCUGCCGCCGCCGCGUCUGCUUCUUCGCGCACUCCCCCGAGCAGCUCCGCCUCGUCCUGCCCCCGAGCCCGAUCUCGCCGAGCGAGGGCGGCGCGAGAGUGUCCUCGUCCCCGACGUCCACGCUGGCGCUGGCGCCCAUGUCGCCGCCGUCCGAUGGCUCCUCUCCGCCGGUGUCGCCGGUGGCGUUGGACGAGGUGAUCCAAUCGAUGAGCAACCUUCAGCUGAGCAAGGUGAGGUCCAGGCCCCCGUUCGGGACGCGUAGUGGCGCGGCGGUCCUGGGGAGAGCUCCGCUUGCGGCAGAGGUGGCAGUGGGGGACGCUUGGGAGGCGGCGGCCGCGGCUGCAGCCUGGGGUUCGAGAUCUAAGCUACUCGAAUGGUGGAAGAGGCAGGAGGAGGAGGAGGAAGCAGCGGAGGCGGUGCCGGAUUUAGGAUGGGUUACAGAAUUGGUGAACGAUUAAAGGAGUCAUCUUUGGCCAUUUUUUUCGAUGUUUGUUCAUAAAUAAAGAAGGAAAAUGUUGCCAAAGAUCAAAUAUGGUGAAAAAAAGACAUUUUUUUGGGUGUAAAAGCAGUAUGCCAAAGCGAAUUAGUAGCCAAUUCCCCUUUUCUUUCA